AUGGAUGAAGAUGGUUAUCUAUUUUAUAUUGGCCGUCAAAAAGAAAUGAUUAUUCGUGGUGGUGUUAACAUUUAUCCAGUCGAAAUUGAAAAUGCCAUCAUUGAGCAUCCAAAUGUUAGUGAAACACAAGUUUUUUCGAUCUCAGAUACACGUCACGGUGAAGAAGUAUGUGCAUGGAUUAAAUUAAAGCUUGACGCAUCAAAAUGUGAACCGGAAGAUACUGCCAGAUUCCUUUUAGUACCAGUGAUAAAACAUAGUGGUUAUACAAAUAAAUCUAAUUGUAAACGUUCUAAUUUUUGUUUUGAACAAAUGAACUGUGGCGACUUUUUCGUAUAUUUAUUUACGCAGACUAUGGUGAUCCAAUUAAUCAUUCUUGUUUGGGCCAUUAUAAAAAUUAAUUUACAAACUGCUUGUAGGCCAACGAUUAUUAAGUAA